GUUUCUAAUUACGCAAGCCAUUUAAAGCGAAAUAUCAUUCUGUUCCUGUGUGAAUCACUGCAAACUGUUUCAGAAUGCAAAAAAGUUCUUGUUUAUCGGCCCCUUUCUCACCGCAAAGUUUGCGCGUAGACGCUACAUGUCGAAAAUAUCGUUUAAAAUUACUUUAACAUCAGACCCAAAUCUACCGUUUAAGGUGUUGAAGGUUCCUGAAAACGCACCCUUUACCGCUGUUCUGAAGUUUGCUGCAGAGGAAUUCAGCGUUCCUGCGGCUACGAGCGCAAUCAUCACAGAUGAUGGAAUUGGUAUCAAUCCUCAACAAACAGCAGGUGAAGUCUUUCUUAAACAUGGAUCAGAUUUACGGUUAAUCCCCAGAGAUCGUGUUGGUAGUCUGUGAUAUGUGUAUAUGGUGUUUGGAUAUCUUUUAACUUUGGUUUGUCGUCAUUUUGUAUAUCAUUUCUGUCUAUAUGAAAACAGCGUGCUGCUAUGUUGAAAUAUAAUUGAAUCUUUAUGAUUAUUUUUUUCGUUCUUUCAAGUUGAUGCUUACUUAGAUAUGUAAAAGAAAUGUUUUCUUACAGUGACUGUCUGUUGACUGUUAUAAGCUGAACUCCAGAAGUAUAAGGAUGUACUGUGUUUAGAUAAGCAACUAAAGCCCCAUUGUACUGUGACGUAGAUAGGUAGACAGAGUUUGUCCUUAAUUUGUGAUUUUAUCUAAAUGUUUAUCAACAAAAUUGUGCUUACUGUAUUCAUGCGAUGUCAUCUUAUUCACGAUAAUGAAAGCGUUUGUUAAUGCUCUUGGUUUUGUAGGAGUAGAAGAUCCCUUUAGUGGAAGUGAAGUACUCGUACUGUAAACUUACGGUUAGCUGGUGCUAUCAGAUACUUAGGUUAAAACUAAUACACGAGCCUCUACCACCAUGUGAAUAUGAUUUCUAACUAUUUAUCUUAUUUGUUAUUGAAAACUAAAAAUCCAAAACUUGAGAACGCUUCACUAGUAGUAGUAGUAGAACUAGAACUUAGCUCCUUCGUUUGGAUACUGCGGUAUCAUAAUUAAAGGGAGAUCUAGGGUUUGUCGCAAGUUUUUACAUAAAUAGUCAUUACAAAUUAUUCGUAUUUUGACGUUUCAUUCUCUGAUAGUUUGCAUUCCCCCCGAUCUCAUUUUACCAAACAGACUGUAGUUAUCGAUGGUGUUAACAGUUGAGUUGCCAAAUUUCCUCUUCUUAAACAUUCAGUCCGAUACAGCCAUUCUACUGUUUGAACUCUGUGCCUUCAAUGUUCUCACCUUGGUGGUAAGAAUACAACAAACAGGUUUGUCUCUCCUUCUUGCAAUCAUUUGUCUCAGGGAUCUCAAUAAAUAUUAUAAUUUAGUGAUGUGAAGAAGUUCUGCAUUUAUGGACUGAUGAAAUAUAUCUCAUAUGGACAUGUUCAGAGAUCAUGUAGCAUUUUCUAAUCCGUUUUACCUGGAUUAACAGUUGAACAUCAAACGGGAAUAACUGCUGGUACAGGAACUACUGUACCUAAAUAUAAGGUUUUGUCAGCUCAUUGAUUCUCUCUAGAAAAUCACAAGUACUUUAGUCCUCAAAAUCCACAAAUAUUUCUGAAAACAUGAUAAACUGUGACACUGAAUCUACUCAACUAAUUAUUCCUAACAUUUUGAAAUGUUCACGGGAGCACUAGUGAUCUGUUGGGCUGUAUUUGGCUAUUCAGGUUCGAACAAGAGUCUACUGUUCAAACAGUCAUUGUAAGAUGAUCAGAGACCCACAUCGAACCUUAUACUGAAUCUGUUGUGACUAAACCGGAUCUACUCCCACUAUGCUGCUACUGGUUUCUUUUGAAAGUACAUUGUUCAUGAUUGGAUGUCAUGCUGACAAACGCAACACCCUACUGCUGAGUUGUGUGGUUUGGUAAUAUCUGGGCAUCCAAAUCUAAUCCUUGGCAAAUCCGCUUUCUUUUUAUGUAGAGGUCAGUGACUCAACAGUUUCAUUAUAAUUAGCAUUGCUAUUCAGAAGAACGUAAACCGCUUAGAACCUAGCAAUAUAUUAUUUGUCAGCUGUCGCACAUCUAAAUGGAUUGAUAGGGAGGGCAAACAAAUACUUCGACGGAGUUUUGUACACAAAAGAUAAUCAUCCGACCUCUUCGGAGUCAUCUAUUCCUUCCACGGUGUCCAUUUCUUGCGUAAUUUCCCAUUCAUUCCUACCUGACCACACUUCUGUUUCAAAAUAUUUUAUCAUGUUACCCAACUUCUUAUUCUUAUGCCGUAACUGUUAUAUUUUGACUAAUCCUCACUAUUCAUAACAAAUUUGUGUUUCAUGAUAAAAAUGACAGUACUGGUACCGGAAUUCUUUCCCUUCUUACCAUGUUUGAUGAACAACCGUUAACUAUCAAACGCUACUUAUACACAUACACAAAUGUAAAAUUUUUCUGUUGUCCAGGUUUGAGAAUGAAAUCACCGAAAAGUCUCUUCACUGAAGUAUUUGUUUUUCCUUAUCCUGGUGAGUAUUUCCUGCGGGGGACGGGUGGUAGUAAUAUCAAGAGGUAUAAAGCAAAGCGUUAAUCAUGUAUUCAGGAGUUAGAUAUGAAGAUAGCUACUGCUUUAGUGUGAUCGAUUUCAGUUUGUAUUGUCUCACUUCAUGUGGCCUAUUACCGUUCCUUUUAUAGCAUAGGUCUUGGGGCGACCACAUCAGUAUUGGAGGAGUUAGGGAGAAGAGAAAAGUCUGUCGAUGAAGUUGUAAACCUUCAUCAACCCAGAUAGUUGAGACAUGUGCUACGCACGCCUGAUCACCUUCUUCGUGGUCGCUCAAUAUUGGGUUUAGAUCGGAAAAGGGUAAGAGUCGGCCAAUCUAGAAUAUGGUAUCACUUCAUAUAUUCUUUGACAGUCGAUCCGAGCCGUGUGAGUAACUUCAUACUUCGCGACAACAAAAAUCGGUGGUUGGAGGAUCAGCGUUCUGGCUCAGAUUGGCGCGCACACACACACAUCUUAAUCGUCAUGUUUAAUUUCGUUAGUGUAUUUGUUACUUGUUGUUCUCUUCUGACAACAUCAUUUUCGACUACUUACAUUCUUACUUAUCUGUCUUUCACACUGGUUCAUUUUCACUUGAUAUGAAGUGUGUAAACAUGGUCCGUUAUGCAUUAAUUUCAGUUUACAUGUUUAUAUAGACCGGAGGUAUUGCCUUAGGAUUCUAACCACUCAUUCAAGUUACCUCAUUUACUGCAACCAAGAAGAAUACACCGUUCACAGUCAGCGAAUCCACAAACUGAUGCUGCAUAUCGGUUUGGAUUCAUGGUAGGCCAUUCCUUCAUUUCCCGUUGAUCUCCCCAAAUAUUAUUAGAGUGUCACAGAGAUUUAUGAAGUGGAUUAGUCUGUUUUGAAUUUGCUUUUUUUGUGUUAUAUGCUUUGAAAGUGACUGAUUUUGAUGAUUGUGGAUAUACUGGUGGAAAUGAUAGUGCACCCAGGAUCUGAUCUCAUAGCAUAUUCUUGGCUUUCCUUUAUUACAACUUGUGAGCUAGACCUGUUUUAUAUCAUGUGCUCCGACAUGCUCUCCAUUGAACCUGAACGUCCUGGAAACGUUUUAUUACAAUAGUACAUGUUUUGUCAGUGUUGAGACACUGAACUUUCGUUGUCCAAUUGAGGAAACAUUCCUAACACAGGAGAAUGACUACUUAUAAGUAGUCAAAGUUAUUUUACAAAAUAUUUCAAACUUUUGAAAUGGUUUAUGCUCAUUUUUUCAAUUUUCUACCGCUUGACAAGUAGAUGAAACACCUUUCACUACACACUUUCAAAUCAGAGAACUAAGAGCAUGUUUGAUAUGGUGAUCCCUCAAUAUUACUGUAACAGGUCUCACUCUUUUUCAUGCGAAAGUGAGGAUUUCAGUCAGAAGUCAUUGACCUCCAGAUUAAAGAUCUAAAACUGCUGAAGUACACAUCUGUUGUGGAACACGGGGACACUGUUUGGUGGUGUUUAGAACCUUUGAUAUAAUAACGUCAGCGAUUCCUGCAUUGUAAAAUCCUAUGUGUAUCAGGUAUCGUCGAAACAAGCCUUAUUGUAUUAAUGUUUAAAAACCUAAGCUCUUUCUCUAAAUUUAUCUCGUUGGUUCUGUCUCAUACACGAAGAUGGUGAUAAAUUUUGAUGCCUGCUGUUGAUCAUCGGGAAAGGUGCUUAUAAUGAAACCUGUCCUUACGGGAGGAAUCUGGAGGUUUCAAUUCAGACAACGAAGGAGCUAAUUGUUAACAAAGCAACUGUGUUAACGUUGAAAUCUCAUCGUUGAACUUACAUUUUGACACAGACUAGUGGUACUGUGUGUGUGAAAACAUUCUGACCUUGACACAUGAGAAAUUACGAUAAGAUCUUCAUUUCUGCAUUUAAUUUUCAGUUUGAAAGUUUGUGACACAUAUCAAAGUCAACUUCCAAAUACAUCAGAACAGUUUUCAAUCUACCGAAUAAGAUCGACUGAAAAGUAUUCAGAAAUAUUUUAGUACAUACUGUAUGGCUACGAAACAUGACCUUGACAGGUGUAGGGCAUGAAAAGGGUCCAACUACCGUCAUUCUUUCGAUUUCUUAACAACGUCUUGUGAACAUUGAAUAGAACUCUUUAUUAUAGAAGUGAUGAUAUGAUGUAAUUUGAUAUCUGGUGGUUAGCUGCGGAAUUCAGGAUGCACGUUUUGUCUUACUUUGGACUUAUCAGCUAGAUAUCUCUGCAUCACAAUCAAUGAUAGUAUUCCUGCUGAGACUCGAGCCUAGCACCAUUCGUUUCAGAACUCUUACGGUUAUCCAAUAGGCUACUAGAUUAUAAUAAUCCCCUCUUGUGUGAUUAGUAUCAAGUUUUAUUUAUCGUUACUUGUGCUUUCAUUGUUAUGUACUGAUUAGCAGUAUCAUUCCAUAUGUCAAUUCAUCAAAUAAAUCAGUCAUCAGCACUGAGUUAACUAAUCAACUGCAGUUACUUAUUUCUGUAUUUCAUUGGUUAUAUGGUCUUUCAACGGUACACUAAUAUGAACGACUCACCAUACUAUAUAGUCGAUAAAUGGCCCUCCAAUAUCCUUCAGCUAGUCAGAAGACUUUGGCAUUGGUAAACUUGAAAAUUAUUUGAAAGAACCGCUUGUAAACGUUCAGUUUGAAUUCAGCGAUGAACUACAUAACGAAUCAAGUGACAUGGAAAUGGGGUCAACGCUCAGCUCUCUGUUAGCCGACUGCGAAGGCAGAGCUGUUGCGUUAGACCACGUCAAUGUGUGUUUAAACGUCCACUUGCUCUUGUUGAGCUAGUUGCACUGACCCCAUAAAGUGGGCACUUUUCAAACAGAUACCUAAGCGUUACCCUACAUGACUGUCGAAAAAUUACCAAUGUAUCACUAGUUCGACUCCUAACCACUCAGGCAUACCACUGUCUACCUUCGAAAAUAAACAAUAAAAAUAUUUUCCCGUUCAAUAGCCUUGUGCAAAUUAGUGCAGUAGGAAAUAAGCCACAUCUAUUGAGUGGGGGCUU